UCAAAAAUAUUUGUUCCUUAUGUUGGGAUGUCACUAGGCAAACAAUCGCCUCUGUCAGUGAAGAUUGUGUAAGUGUCUGGUCGCUUUCUAUGGACGGGAAGAGGUUUCAGUCUGUCAUAUUCCAUCCUCGACACCGUAACGUCUUAGUUGUGAGUGGAUUUCAGUGCAUGGAAUUGUGGACUCUUGGUUACGGGAAAAUACAUCAUAUUAGGGCCUCUAGUUCAUCAUUUACUGGACUUGCAGCUUGUACCGGAGAUGAAUUCAUUGCAUCAACUACAACUAGCAAUGAUUCUGAGUCUAUGGUGAACAUAUCGAAAUGAAGUUCUAGUAAAUGUCAGUUGUUCUUUGGUGUAAAUUCCUCCCCUGCUUCAGUUUUGAGGAUUUGUUAGAUAAUCUGCGUAUAUGUACAACUGGUGUUUUGAAACAUCACACGCGAGAGGUGAGCUUGAAAUUGUUUUUUUCUUUGUACAUGUUUUACUUUCC